CGUGAAGUGUCCGCAACUCGGAAAACUCAGUCGCCUAUAUGCCUCCUCGUUCCCCUCGCGGGCAUUCGCCCAGCCGAUCACCCCCAGCGCGUACGCGGUCUCGAUCUCGAUCUCCCCGUCCUCGCGAGGACUCGCGUCCGCGAAGUGCCACUCGGUCACCUUCACCUCCACGAGGCCGAACUCGAUCGCGCAGUCGUAGCAAAGACAGUCGACGCUACCGAAGCCGAAGCCGAAGCUACAGUCGAUCACCCAGUCGGGCCUCGAGUCCAGCGAAAAGCGCCAAGCUUUGGGGAUAUUGAAUACCUCGAUCUCCCGGUGAACCGAGCCUUCAUGACGAACCGAGGCACCGCAUACAUCUUGUACUAUGACCCCGCAGACGCCGAGGCGGCCAUCGCACACAUGCAUGAAGCCCAACUAGACGGGGCCGUACUGAACGUCGCCAUUGUUCUUCCCCGCCGAACAUUCUCCCGUUCGCCGCCUCCAGCAAACCGAGACCGAGGAAAUGGAGGACGUUCCGGAUUCAGAAGGGGGUCUUAUGCCAAAUCGCCUCCGCGCCGACAGGGUCGCGGCGCACGUCCUGGCGAACGCCACGAUGUGUAUAGACCCAAGUCUGUAUCACGCUCGCGGUCCCGAUCUCCGGUACGGAACCGAUCCUAUUCUCGAUCUCGAUCUCGCUCUCCGCCAAGACGAGGCAGUACUCGGCCAAAGGGCUCUGGCCAGCGUCGACGGAGAAGUCCUAGCUAUAGUAGCUAUGACGACAGCAGCCGUGGCGGAAGGACCCCGACGUCAGACAGAACCCGCAGUCGCAAUCGCCAUUAG